AUGUCCAGAAUAGACAAACCGCGGACCCAGCACCAGAACACCGACAAGUCGCGGCUGCUGGAGCAGCUGGACGAGGAUAUUCAGGAGCUGAACCAGCUCAAACAGAAGAUAAAGCAGUUGGAAGAGGAAAAACAGCUGAAGGAACAGCAGUUGGAACAGCUCGACACCACCAGCGCCCAGGUGCCAAGCGUCAUGUUCAACACCACAUACAGAGAAUACCGCCAGUACGACCUUGCUUACAACCGUGUGAAGGAGUUCUACAAAGAACAGCACCGAUACCAAACGGUAGCGUACAAUAUCCAGGCCCGCAUAAACUUUAAGACCAAGGUGCGAGAUAAGAUGACGAUAUGGGACGCUUUGUUGAAGCUGAAUCAUCUGCUGGACGAGAGCGACCCUGACACCGAGCUGUCGCAGAUUGAGCACGCUUUCCAGACCGCCGAGGCCAUACGCAAGGACAAUAAACCGCGGUGGUUCCAGCUAGUCGGACUUAUCCACGAUUUGGGCAAGCUGCUGUAUUUCUACGAAUCCAAGGGCCAGUGGGACGUUGUCGGGGAUACAUUCCCGGUGGGGUGUCGGUAUUCUACCAAGAUCAUCCAUCACGAGUUUUUCAAAGACAAUCCCGAUUACAAGAAUCCGCUAUACAACACCAAAUACGGUAUUUAUUCGCCGCACUGCGGACUGGAAAACGUGAUGCUCAGCUGGGGGCACGACGAGUACAUGUACCAUCUUGCAAAAGAGCAGAGUCGAUUGCCCCCACAGGCUCUGGCAAUGAUCAGAUACCACUCUUUUUAUCCGUGGCACCAGGAAGGAGCUUACAAAUAUUUAAUGAACAAAAAGGAUGAGGAGAUGCUCAAAGCCGUGAAAGAGUUCAACCCCUACGAUUUGUACUCCAAGACAGACGUGAAAUGUAAUCUUGAAGAGGUGAAAGAUUACUACAUCGAGCUGAUCGACGAGUUUUUCCCGAAGAAAGUGAUUGAUUUUUAA